ACUGCAUCUGAUUAAUCUGUAAUGCUUAGGUACUAAUUAAAGAGAGCCCUGGGGUGAUCUAACAAACUUAUUCUGCAUGGUUGCAUUCUUAAUACUUGCCUGAACUGCAGACAGCAAAGUGAAUGUUCAUUGUAAUUCCUGUGUUAAGGUGCAAGAAAUAUUCACCUUUUGCAGCCAAAGGAUGGGUGUACAGUUUGUUCAACUAUUAAGUGACAUUAAAGUGAGACUUCCAUACAGAAACAUCAAAAAUUAGAUGUGCCUGCCCUGACGCUUUCAAAGAAGAAAUUUUCUCCUUUUCCACCAUCCUUUUGCUUUACCAUAAGGAUCCUCCUUCAUUUGGACUCUGCCACAAAGUGCACUUGUGUGGUUGGACCUUGCCUUUGGCAAAAGCACAUCCUGAAGUCAGUGGGCAUUACUGGUUUGCUGCAGAAGCACGUAGAGGAUUGAUGGUGGAAGGAGAAGCCUCUCCUGAACACUUCGGUUGCUGUGGGAUUGUUAACCAAAACGUCACGAUGAAGAAAAAGCAAAUCACUUCUCAAAUCUCCUUUUCCUGCACACUGUUUUUGUAUGGAAAUCCCUCUUUAAUUUUAAAAGGCUACUGAGUUGCUGGAGUCCUCUUCCUGAUCUGUAGGGCUUUUUGUGCAACAAAGAUGCACCUUCAGGAAGGCCCAGAGGAAGAGCAACUGCUGCCUUGUAUCAGAUCUCUUGAAUGCUCUGAAUUACUGGUUUAGAAACCAAUUUGAAUUGGACAAGUCUCAUUGCAGCUGGAAUGAGUCAGCUGAGAGCCCCACAGUGCUGCUGUCUCUAAAACCUGCCUGUGACUAAUACAAUGGUUUCUUUGAAAGAUUAAAGAGACUUUCCAGGGCUUACUGCCAAGUGUGCAUUGAGCAAGUCUAGUCAUAUUCAUCUGCCAUGCCUGUGGAGUCCUCAGCUUCUGCUGCUGCUGCUUUCCUGGAGCAUUCAGUAGCCUUUGCGUAUUUCUCCUGGCUCUGGAAUUUGCACUGAAAGGACCAGGCUUAAUCCCAGCACUGCAGUGAUGUGGUGCUGGGAUUAAACUUGGUCCUGAGUGUCACUAUGUGUGUGCACAUCACUAUUUUUUAUUUUUGAAGAUGCUGAACUUGCUGCUCUCUUGCUGGGUUAUGAAAUGGUCACUGAUGCUUGGGGAGUUGUGACUUCACUGUGUGGUGGAUCUGUAAGGCAUUUACUGGUCUAGGACUGGGGAACCUUAACAAAAGGUCCAUCAGAACCUCACCAACAACUGCCUCAGCACUGGAUUUUCUGCCUUGCUCUUUGGAAGUGGGAGUUUUUUUGUCUCCUGGGUUUGGCAUAUGGAAAGGUUUCUCUGCUUUGGUGGCUAUUGGUAUCCACAGCCCUUUCCUGGCCAUGUGGCUGGGAGAAUGGGUGCUUUGCCAGGACCUGUCUCCUGGGGACCACUGAUUUCUACAGAAAGGAGCCCAAGCCAUGCCAUCUACUUUUGACCUUCUGUCCCUCAGCUGCUUGGCUAUAGCUCAUAACCCUUGUUCAGUAGAUAAGUCAAGUUUGCGGCAGCCCCAUCUUCCAUCCUCUUCCCUUCCCCGAUGCCAAGUGCCUGGGAGCUGGUGAAGCUCAUGCUGCUCCCCAGCCCUUUGUCACUCAGGGAUCCAUCUCCCUGCAUCUCUCAUAAGCUGAGGAUGAUGGGAAGCCGGAGUGAAAACUGUAGCAUUGCAGCCCCCAGGAGCACCUUCUGCGCAAUCAUUUCCCAGCUGACGGAGGAAACCCAGCCACUAUUUGAAACCACUAUCAAAUCUCGUUCUGUGUCCGAAGACUCUGAUGCUAAAUUCACGUGCAUAGUGACAGGUUACCCGCAGCCGGAGGUGACAUGGUAUAAGGAUAAUGAGGAGAUGGAUCGCUACUGUGGCUUACCCAAGUACCAGAUUUUCCAUCAUGGAAAUCAUCACACCCUGCAGCUGUACAAGUGCCGGGAAGAAGAUGCAGGUAUUUACCAGGCGUCUGCUAGAAAUAUCAAAGGCAUCGUGUCCUGCUCUGGCGUGCUGGAAGUGGGAACCAUGACGGAGUUCAAAAUUCAUCAGAAAUGGUUUGCCAAAAUUAAGAGAAAGGCUGAAGAAAAACUACGAGAGAUAGAACAGAGCAAGAAACGAGGGAAAGAGAACGUGGAGGUGGAAAGUUUGCAGAGAAUGAGCCCAGAUCGGCUCCAGAGAAAGCGGAGGCUGGCCAGGGAUCUGAAUCUCCGGCCAGGAGCCUCUCUGUGGGAGAAAGAGGAUGCAGCGAAAGUGCACAUCACUGAUUCUAAAUCCAGAUUACUAGAGGAUGUGGCUGACUCAAAGGAGCAGUCGGUAAACACGAUAGCGGGCUUACCAAGCAAACUGAUAACACCUUUGAAAGCAGAGGUGACCACCAAUGGAGACACCUCUUUGGAGAGUGUAGAAGAGAAUGGGAAUGGCUUUCUUGCCUACAUCUAUGAGACAGUAGAGGAUCUAGUGUCUAAGCCAUUGGCCAAAGACUCUGCAGCUAAAAAGAAAAAGAAAGUGGUGGAUGCUCCAGCAGCAAAGCAGGAAGUUUUGAAGCGAGAAGAAAAUGGAGGAGACAGGGUAAAGCCCUCAACAAAUCCAAGGUUUGCUCCUCCUGUCCCCUUACGCAGGAGCGCGCAUCUGAGGCUGGCAAGUGAUCAAGAAGAGGAAAAUAUUCCAAAGACGAAAGAGCCUGUGAAAGCUGUGAAUCAGGACACUAAAGUUAAUGGUGACAUGCACUUCUCUUUGAAAGAAUUGUAUUUUGAUAAUCAAGUGAAAGAGACAGCAAGGAAAGGUGAGGUGGGAACCAAGGAAGAGGCUGUGAGUGAGGCUGCCCCACGCCCUGUGGCAGGCAGGCAGGCAGAGGAUGCUUCAUCAUCCUCAAAUGCAGCACCUGCACCGUCCGAGGGACAGAAAGACCAACGCACAGCAAAGAAGUCUGAGGGGCACAAAGUCAUUGGUGCAGAGGUUGUGACAACAGCAGGACCAUCUGCAAAUGAUAUAAAACAUCCAGUGUCUGGCCCAGCGAUAGACAGCAGUCAACAAGCUGGCAAGCUAGAGGCGCUCAGGAAAGAGAAACCUGUCUCCCAGGAGACCAGGGGGACUGGGAAAAGAACAAACCCCAGGCUAAGGUUUCAGGAGACACCAAAGCCACCAGCUCCUUCUGCAGACCACGCUCAGACCAGCGGGGAGCAGCCUGCCUCCAGGGCACAGGCAGAAGGACAUUCCCAUUCUCUUGAGGGCAGGGAGACCCAGCAAGGACUGUCAAAUCAAGAGGUCAAGAGCCAAGGUACUAAAGAGCCAUUGUCAAAGAAAUUGAGCCCUCCAGAGCCUGGAGAAGAUACUCUUCAUGAGAAAAGCACACAUCAGACAGCGGUAAAGCAUGAGAAGAGCAAAGAGAAAGGUGUAGAGCCAUCUGGGAGCAAGCCCUGUAAAGAGGCAGGAGGAAGCAGUGUAGCAGUGUUGUCUCCUGAGAUGGUAGAGACACCUUCGGGGCUUCAGGAGACUGAAACACCAGCUCUUCCUUCAGUUUGUGUGACUGAGGAAAAGCUGAUUCCCACUGCUGCAGUAGGGACGUUGGUGGUGCAGGAGGCACCACCUGCAGCUUGCAGCAGCCAAAGGACUGAGACCUCAGCAGAGGCGGCUCCAUCUGGGAUCCAGCUGCUGCCUCCUGUGAGCAAAGACACGGAAACCAAAAAGGCAGAUGGAGCUGCCUUGCAGGAGAUGUUUCCAACCAGCACUUCAGGGGAGGCAGAUGCCAAACCGGUGUCUGUGGUACCUCAGAGGGAGGAAGGGGGAAUGCAGAUGGCCACAACUCCAAGCCAGCAGCUAGCAGCGCCUUUGGGUAUUUUUGAAAGAGGUGCUGAGGUUCAGCCACAAGCACCACUCGUCCUGCCUAGCCCUGAGAGACCUCAAGAGAUGACUUUGGAGGAGAAAAUGCAGCACAAAACCCUUGUUUCCUCCUUGAAGAACUAUCUACUGCUACUUUUACAUUUGUCAGAUAGCAGUAAGGAUGCCACGAAAGAAGAUGCUGAGCCCAGGAGUGAGGAACAGUCCGCUACAGAGGAAGCCCCGCUCCCAGCAAUAGGCAUUGCAGGCCUGAGCCCCCGCACCUCAAGGAGGGUUUUGGAAAAGGUACAAAACAAUCAGAUCUUCCAAACAGCAGAGAACUUGCCUCUGACUCCCAGGACAUCCAGGCGGAUCACAGGCAUGAUUAACGAGGAAUUCAUUACCAGCAGGGAGAUGCUGGCUUGCAGGCCUGUGCCACCAAAGAGACGCACCAAGAUGGCUCCUGAGGCAGAGGGGCCAAUUCAGCUCUCUGUGCCCUCCAUCGUGGUGGGCAAUGUGCCAGCAGCAGCGGUGGGGCAGCCUUCUCAUAAUGUACCCAAUUUGCCUCCUGUGAUCUCUGAGAAAGAGAGCCCUGCUGACCCUCUGGCAGUGCUCCCUUGUGCCACACCAGAGGAACUUGCUUCUGGGGCCCGCCGCAAAAUAUACCUGCCGAAAACCAAGCAAGUUGGGGAGGAAGAGGAGGUGAGCCCGGAGAGCCAGGGGCAUGCAAGAAGCCCUACUGUUUCCCCACGGCAAUCCAGAAAGAGUGCAGCCCUGUUGCAGACACCUGCCCUAGCUCCAUCCCCUCCCACAGAGAGGCGCUCACCAACCCUCACAAAGAAGAUGGCCACACUGGAGGUUCCUAAGUUGUAUGAGGAGCCCACAGGUGACACCAGCAGAGACCACGAAGUCCCUGAAGAUGCUAAGCCAGAAGAGCAACCAGCAGAGUCCAAGAAAGCAAGUAACCCACUCAAAGCUCCACAGGUGAUUCGUAAGAUCAGGGCUGAACAAUUUUCUGAUGCGUCAGGAAACCUGAAACUUUGGUGCCAGUUCUUCAACAUUUUGAGCGAUUCUAAGCUGAUGUGGUACAAGGAUGAGAUCCCUGUAGCAGAAGCACAAAGGAGUGCUGGCGAUGAGGGCCAGGCAGCCUUGGCCAUUGUGCAGGCAUCUCAGAAGGACUGUGGAGUCUACCGAUGUGUGAUCAGCAAUGAGUAUGGCAUGGACUCCACUGAUUUCCUGCUCAGCCUAGAAGUGUUGUCAGGAUUUAUCUUGCGCGAAGAGAUCGAAGUUGGAGAGGAGAUCGAGAUGACACCCAUGGUGUUCGCAAAGGGCUUGGCUGAUGCGGGCUACUGGGGAGAUAAAUUCUUCGGGCGUGUGAUGAGCGAGGACAUGGAAUUGGGUGCUGGCUUCCUGCGCAAAGCCUGCCGUGCCAGAGCCAUCUAUGGCCUGGAGCCUGUCUUUGAGUCUGGCUGCACCUGCAUCAUCAAAGUGCACAAUUUCAUUGUCUUUGGGACCAAGAACGAGAACAGCCUCAUCGAGAAGAACUAUGAUAUCACCAUCCAGGAAUGUAAAAUCCAAAAUUCCAGUCGCGAGUACUGCAAGAUCUUUGCUGCUGAGGCCCGUGCUGUCCCUGGUUUUGGAGCAGUGCCCGAGAUAGUUCCUCUGUACCUGAUUUACCGACCGGCCAACAACAUCCCUUAUGCCACGAUGGAGGAGGACCUGGGUGGGCCCUGUGAGCAGUACUGUGUCACUGAGAGAGAUGGCAGCCUGGUGGCUCGAGGCACCUCGGAGAUUGUGCUCAAAUGCUGCACCUUCCAGCAUUGGGUCUACCAGUGGACAAAUGGAAACAUCCUUGUGACUGACAUGGAAGGAGUGGGCUGGAAGAUGACCAAUGUGCGGAUAGCAACCAACCUCAAAGGGUACCAGGGGCUGAAGGAAAGCUGCUUCCCCUCCCUGUUGGAGCAGUUUGCUGCAACUCACCAGUGCAACCAUUACUGUGACAUCCUGGGCCUGAAGACUCUGGAACCGGUCAAGCCCAAAGGCUCCAAGAGCCCUUCCAUGGGCAGGAAGUCUGCCCAGUCCAGCCCCCAGCUUCAGAAGAAGGGGACGGCAAGUCCCCAGGGCACCCGCAAGACUACUGUGAGCCCCAGGAGUGCCCGCAGAAUGGCAGAAGCAGCGGAGGCCCAGGCAGCCUCCAAAACUGGGCCUGGCGAGGCCGGAGGGCCUACUUGCCCACAGUAGCCAUAGCUACAUUGGUGAGGACCCUUGCUGUGCCAGAGCAGGCCGGAGGCACUCCUGCCUUUGGCUCCUGCCCCAGCUCGUGACGUUUGUGUUGUGUGAUGUGUGCUAGUGCGAGCCACCCAGCUGCCUUUGCAGCAGAGCCAGCACAGCCAUGGGCAUCAUGGUGCCUUCUUGUGGGGGUCUUUCAUGGGCUUCUCCACAGAAACUGCUGCCAGCUGUGGAGACUGUGGGGCCAUGCACACCCCUGAACUGGGGCUUUUUUUCUUCUCCCAUCUCUUUCCCUUUGUCUUGCUUGAGCAUUUGAAGCAUGGGCCGUCAGACUGGCUUCUUGGGCUUUGACAGUGCUGUGCCCCUUUCCUAGCAGUGUCCCAGUACUUCCCUUAGCUGACUGGGAGCAUGGGCUCUCCUUCCUCAUAGCUUUUUUUAUGCUGCCCUGACACAUGCUGCUACUCCUGUCCCUCUUCAUAUCUUCUGUAAAGCCCAGCCAGUGCUUGGUCUCCAGGAUGUGAACCAGAGUCCCACUGGUCCCUUGCACGCUGAUUGCAAACAUUUCACUCCAGUGAGGCUUAGUGGAGAGCUGCAGCACUUGUGCUUGCCUGUUGCUAUUGCUUGGGCUUCUGGAUAUGGGUCAGCCCUGUAGCAGGGUGUUGGUGGCUGCAUGGGCUGGGGGCUCGCACGCCUGUCCUCCCAGCCUCCCCUGCCCAGGUGGAUGCUGAGGGCUGCGGUGCUGCUAUGGGUAAGGAUGCUCUACCUCACACAGGGUGCACAGGAGUGGGGCACUGUUGUCACACAUGAGUGUCACCCCCCCCACUUCACAUGUACCCCAGUGGCAGCAUCCCUGGUGCAGAAUGGAGUCCGGUUCUGGAGUCAGCGAUGGACAGGCAAUGGUGCAAAGUAAAGCUCCCUGCAUUGAGUCUAGCCUCUUUUGCCUCGCUGCAGAGCACGGGUAACACCAUUGCCACUCUAAAUAUGGCAGCGGUGGUGGAAUCUGAAACUGGCUCACUGCAGCCUGGCAAAGGAGGGAAGGGAGUGUGGUGUGCUCUGGGGCCCUGGUGCUUUGUUGUUGGGCCGCUGUAAAAUAAUGGGGUACAUAUGUGUUCACCUUGGUGACUGGGGGUGCUCGAGUGCAAUAAAGCAAGAAGGACUGGCCUGUC